AUGGUCGAGGUGGUCAAGACAGUAGAAAUGAAGAAAAGUAUAAGGAGAAGAGACAGUCAAGCCAAGCAAAUUGACGUAGAAGAGGACGCAAUCAAGGAUGCGAAUGGGUCAUUAGCAAGAGAUUGUCGAGCCGAAGAAAAGGUGGAAGAAACGAUUAAUCUAGCCUUGGAUGACGCAACAAACGAAGACAUUCUCUUGAUGGCUCAAAAUAAAGAGUUGAAAACAAAAGAACACGGCGGCGCGAAAGACGAUGGCGAUAGUCGUGAGGUGGUGGAAAUUGUUGGGAAUGACAUAUGUAGCGGAUUUGGUGAAAUCUUGAUAGCAGAGACGAGAAAAUCGAAGAAGGAUGAACCACCGGAUAAUAGAGAGCCUGGGCUUGAAGAGAGAGAGCUCCAAUGGCGGGAAAGGCAAUAUGAGGAAGGAAAAAGAAAGAGGAUAAGAGUGGAAGAGAAAAUGGAAGAAGAAAAGAAAAAUUUAGAAAUGAAGAUAGAAAGUGGACGAGCUAGUGAGGGAAGAGAAAGAUAUAGAGAUGCUAACUCAACAGAGAGACUCACUCGACACAUGAUUGAGAUAAUCACGAGUGAUAAAAAGCUGGAGGAAGCAAAAAUGAAAGUUGAAAAUUUCGUUAUGGACUUGCGAAGGGAAUUGAGUAAACUAAAAGAAGCUAUGACGUCUGAGUCGAACGUGGCUGAGAAUGAGAGAAAUGAGGAGUUGGUGUCUCAAAUGGGUUGUUCUCGAGAAGCUCCAAAUGAAGUCUAG